AUGGCUAGCAUCUACAAUUGGUUAGGCAUGACAUAUGCUCGGCAAAAUCUUCAUGGAAAUCCUGUUGAACAGUAUGGAAAAGCAUUGCGUCCGUACGAGAAAAUGACAAACAAGAUCACGUGUGAUGCGACGGAAAACAAAUUAUUGCAAGCAGAAUGUUACAUAAACUACGAACAUUUCCUAAGUUCUCAACAGGAUGACGAUGCGGAACAGUUCUACAAUAAUGCCUUGACAAUCUAUAAGGGCAUUCUUCCUGACGGUGAUCCAAAACUAAUGCGUGUCUAUACUGAUAUUACCAUGGAAUUCUCUCGAACGAAUAAUUAUAGUAAAGUUACUGAACUUUAUCAAACAACUGUCAGCGAUUUGAUCACAAAAACAAUCGAUGUUCUCUGGGCAAAACAAAUGAUUCAUGUAGCUUAUUUUGAAGCCUAUGAAUAUUUCGUUUCUAAUUCAUCUCAAGUAGGCACAACUCAAAUAACUUCACUUGAACUGAGCUUCUUUUGUGGAUUUCUCUGCAUUAAACAAUAUCUUUAUCAAGAUGUGAUCAAGUAUGUGAAUGAUGUGGUACAUCAAGUAGAACAUCUCAAUGCCUCCCUUCUUCUUGCUGAGAUGCACCAGAUAACGGAUGAUUUGACGAAAGCUGAACAAAUCUACACAGAAUUACUUAAAGAACCUAAAAUACAAGGUGACUCUUUCCUACUCUUUGAAAUAUCAUUUGCAUCGAUCAAGUGUUAUCAAGAUCCGAACAAAGUUAUUUGA